AUAUCCGUUUGGUGAAGCCGCCAAAUCAUCACACUUCCCCAUACUACUGCUUUCUAUACACACACCUAUACAUAUAUUACACGCACACAACAGAUUCCUCAUAAAGCUCUCUUUUUUCCCAUCGAUUUCGCCGGAGAAUUGUGAUAUUCCGGUAGGUUUCCGGUGAGGAAUGGCGUCGGAGGAUGUGAAGAGCAGCGAGACGGCGGUGUCGAGGAUCGUGAAUCUGGCGGAGGAAGCGAAGAUUGCGAGCGAAGGAGUGAAGGCGCCGGCGGGGAUCGCGUGGCUUACGAUUACGAAAUCUCUGCUCGCCGGCGGUGUCGCCGGAGGCGUGUCUCGCACUGCUGUUGCUCCACUAGAACGCUUGAAAAUUUUGCUCCAGGUUCAAAACCCACAUAGCAUAAAAUACAAUGGAACUGUCCAGGGUUUGAAAUAUAUAUGGAGAACUGAGGGUUUUCGAGGAUUGUUCAAAGGCAAUGGCACUAAUUGUGCUCGCAUUGUACCAAAUUCAGCCGUAAAGUUCUAUAGCUACGAGGAAGCUUCCAAGGGAAUAUUGUGGCUCUAUAGGCGACAAACUGGAAAUGAGGAUGCUGAACUCACUCCUGUUCUACGCCUUGGAGCGGGAGCUUGUGCUGGAAUAAUUGCUAUGUCAGCGACCUACCCGAUGGACCUGGUACGAGGUCGGCUAACAGUCCAGUCAGGGAGCUCUCCAAGCCAGUACAGAGGAAUUGCUCAUGCUCUUGCUACAGUUCUUCGUGAAGAAGGACCCCGUGCAUUGUACAAAGGAUGGCUUCCCUCUGUCAUUGGAGUUGUACCUUAUGUGGGACUCAACUUUGCUGUGUAUGAAUCACUAAAAGACUGGUUGGUCAAAUCCAGACCAUUUGGAUUGGUUGAAGACACUGAGUUGGGUGUUGCAACAAAGCUUGCAUGUGGUGCUGCAGCUGGAACUGUUGGCCAGACGGUUGCCUAUCCUCUUGAUGUUAUCCGUAGAAGAAUGCAGAUGGUGGGCUGGAAAGAUGCAUCUGCAGUUGUUACCGGUGACGGGAAGAGCCAAGCUCGGCUUGAAUAUACUGGUAUGGUUGAUGCGUUUAGGAAAACAGUCCGUCACGAAGGGUUUAGAGCUUUAUACAAAGGGUUGGUUCCCAACUCCGUGAAGGUGGUCCCAUCAAUUGCAAUUGCAUUUGUGACAUACGAGGUAGUGAAGGACGUACUUAAAGUUGAGAUGAGAAUAUCUGAUUGAAAUCAAGGGACAGUGCUGAUUAUAGUUUGAACCUUGGUCCUUGUGAACACUUUUUAAGCAGCAAGCAAAGAAAGUAAAGCUUAACUUAAGGGGGAAGCAUUUUUGCCCGGAGUUUUUUCAAAUUACUGAGGAAAUUAGAAGCAUUGUUCAUGCCCGUGUUGAUAGUCACCCCAUGUAUACCUACAUUUUUUAUCCGCCUUGCAUGUAGUUGCAGUAUUCAUAUGCCAAUAAGGUUUCGAUGAGAAAUCAUUAACUAGAUUAUUAUUCAUCAGAACUACUGUAUAACCAUCAGUAUUUAUUAUGUUGGUAUCUGGGUUUAAUUUCCCUUCA